AACAAUUGGCUUUGUAGUCUGAUCUGUAUUGCUAGAUCUAUCUACUAGUAUAGAUUAUAGAUUCUAGAUCUAGAUUCUAGAUCUAUACUAGAUAAAGUAUCAAGCAGCUUCGAGCGUGUGCCCUAGUAAAAGAUCUAGAUCUUUCAAGUGCCAAACUGAAGUAGUCUGCCACUAUCCACAGGUUGUUAUCUCAGUAAUUGAGAGCCAACUGAAUUCUAGUAUUUUAAAAUGGCUCAUAAAAGCUAUGCUAGAUGUAUAGACUUACCCACAGAGCAAGUGUUUCAUAAUAUCAGAAAUGCAAAAAGAUUCGCUAUAGAUAUUGGUGGUUCCCUAGCUAAAGUUGCCUACAGUUCUCUGGUGAAGAAAAAAUCUACAAUGGUCUUUGAUGAGCCAGACUCUAGUUCAAUUUAUAAUGUUUCUGAGACAGACCAGGAGAUUGUUCGUCUCCAUUUUGUGAAGUUUGAGACCAAGUACAUCGAAACAUGCUUGGACUUUAUCAAGGCCAAUCUGAUCCAGUCCCGUGAUUCCAUGCUGGACAAGGUCAUCAAAGUGACUGGGGGAGGUGCGUACAAGUACACUGAGCUCAUCAACAGGAAACUGGGAGUGCAGGUGGACAAAGAAGAUGAAAUGGAGUGUCUCAUCAAAGGAUGUAAUUUUCUUCUGAAGAAUAUUGCUGAUGAAGCUUUUUGCUACUUGAGACAUGGGAACCCAGAGUACAAGUUUCAAGGAGUUGACUCGGACAUAUUUCCUUACCUUCUAGUUAACAUUGGCUCAGGUGUUAGUCUAUGUAAGGUAGAAUCAGAAAGCAAAUUUGAAAGAAUUGGUGGCACUUCUACUGGGGGAGGAACUUUCUGGGGCCUGGGGUCACUUUUGACUUCAGCAAAGGAAUUUGAUGACCUCUUGGAGUUGGCAGAAAAAGGUGACCACAAGUCUGUGGACAUGCUGGUUAAAGAUAUCUAUGGUGGAGAUUACAAUGCUGUUGGACUCGGUGGUGAUGUCAUUGCCAGCAGUUUUGGUAAAGCUGCCAGAUGUACUAAAGAUACCGCUCAAAACUCCCCUACUUUUAAGAAAGAGGAUGUAGUUCGCAGUCUUUUAUUGUGCAUCAGCAAUGACAUUGGUCAGAUUGCAUACCUGCAAGCCAAAAUACACAAUGUCAAGAAGAUUUAUUUCGGUGGAUUUUUUAUUAGAGGACAUCCAUUUACAAUGCACACCAUAACAUUUGCCAUCAAUUUUUGGUCCAAGGGAGAAAUACAAGCUCUUUAUCUCCGUCAUGAGGGUUACCUUGGUGCUAUUGGCGCAUUUUUAAAAGGCAUGGAAGAAGAAGAUUCAGAGCGCUAUUCAUGGGGUGAAAAUCUGGCAGGCAGCUCUGGAUUAGCCAGUCCUAAACAUAUGACUGUCAGCCUCAUGCAGGAGUUGACUAACAAUUUUUCGAUGCUUGAAAUCAAUCGACUGGAGCGAGCUUUACAGCCGUGUCCACUUCUGCUAGAUGUUAUUAGCUAUUUCCCUGAUACAGUGGACUUAACCCAGGAUAAAGAUGCCAGAGACUAUUGGCUGAAGUGUUUUGCAGAAGGGGCAAACAAAACACGGCUGCUGGCCAUCAAAAGUCAGCCACAUGAAGUGGAUGCUACAGAGAGAGCCGACAAGUUUCUUCAAAAAUAUCUGGAAAGAUUGAAAAGUCUUGAAAUAAAUCCUUGUGCUUAUGGUUCUUUGACAGUAAGAAGUCUACUAGAUACAAGUGCCCACUUUUUGGAGGAGUCAUUAUUCACUGACAUUUUUUCUCAGCAAAAGCAAAUUGAAAAUGAACAAGCACUCCGUCUGCUACCUCAGCGCUUGAAAUACUUGGAUGAAUUGCCCCUUAGUGAGAGACAUUUUGAGAUGGCUUUGGGGAUAUUAGCUGGCAAUGUGUUUGACUGGGGCGCUAAAGAAGUCUGCAGUAUACUAGAAACACAACAGAUGAGUUUGCAGGAUGCUCAAGCUAAAUUACAAAAAAGGCCAUGGUUGUUUGAUGAUUUUGAUGCCUGGUUGGCAAGGAUUACGCAGCCUCAUCCAUACAGAUGUGCUGUUAUAUUUUGCGACAAUUCUGGAAUGGACAUUAUUUUAGGAAUAUUUCCUUUUGCCAGACACCUGUUAUCUGUAGGAACAAAUGUUAUCCUGUGUGCUAAUUCCCAGCCUAGUCUAAAUGAUGUUGUUUAUGGUGAACUUUUGUGGGUAGUUAAAAAAGCCGGUGAUGUUUGUCCAAUUCUACAAGAAGCUAUUCGAGAUGGUAGAUUGAAGGUGAUGGAAUCAGGUCAAGGUUCUCCUUGUCUUGACCUUAGGCUAAUAGAUGAACACCUGGUGGUGGCCAUCAAAGAACAGGAGGCUGAUCUCAUUGUCAUUGAAGGAAUGGGCAGAGCGGUUCACACAAACUUUGAUGCUACAUUUGCCUGCGAUGCCCUGAAAGUGGCAGUAAUCAAAAACAGGUGGCUGGCCAACCGGUUUGGAGGGGAAAUGUUCAGCGUAAUGUUUAAAUACGAGAAAGGCAGAAAGGUCUCCUCUAGCCCUUCACCUGCCCGCUCCUCAUCUCCAGUACACAGGUAGCAAGGGCAGCAGCUCUUUUGUUUUUCAAACCUUCUUUAAACCAGAAAAAAAGUAAUUCCAUUUAUGUAAUAUCGGCAGAUGGAAAUUAAAGAGUGACUUUUAACAAAUCUUUUGUUCGUGUCUGUCCCAUAUCUGUUAAAGAAUCACUGUGAUUUUGUAAAACAGUUUUAUUGUUUUGUUUUUCUAUUUUGCACGUAUGUUUGUAGCAUUCUGAAAUGUUAUCCUGAAAAAGAAAUCUAUCAAAAUCUAUCAAUGGAUGUAAAACUUGUCGGACAUUAUAUAUAUGUUUUUGUUAUUUAAUUCCUCAAAAGUUUAAUUUAUUUUGUGAGGUCAUAUUUAUUCAUAUAGAAAUAUAGAUUCUCUAAUGCAAACAAUACUUAAUGUUCAUUAUAUGAUUUAAGAAAAGUUAUAUCAAAGUUAGAGUUAAGGUUCUAACAUUUCACAUGCACCUCCCCCUUUUUUUUCCUUCUGUUUAUGAAAUCAAAAGCAUAAUUAUGUUGGUGUUAAUAUGUUAGAAAUUAUAUUUUUGACAUUUAGCACAUUAUAAUGCUGUUAUUAUUUGUAAAUUUAUUUCUAAGCAGAUUUUUCUCUAUUUUUUUAUACACAUUUGACUAGAAUUAUCCAGUUUAUCAGUGUUUUUCAACACACAGAGAGCCUCCUAUAUAGUUGCCACUUCUGAUGAAUAAAGUGAAUUCAUAUUUUUUAAAUAUUGAAAAAUCAGAAACUAAAAAAGAAAAAAAACAACACUAAUCCAUUUAGUUUGCAUUAUUUUAUGAGAUUAUUAAAUUCAAACAUAAUUACCUUAGAAAAGUUUUAAGUUCACAAUUUCUCAGCAACUUAGUAUAUGGUGCUGCAAAAAGAAAAGUAUUGAAGACAACCCAGAAGACAAUUGACUGGCAUCAAGGAUAGGACUGUUGUCAAGUAUUAACGAUUUGCUAGGGUUUUAGUUUCCUGGGUCCCUCCUAACAGGUUAACUCUUCUUGUGAUAAGAUAACAAAUGAUUUGAGUGCGGCUAGUUUAAUAAAAACAGAGAUUGAAUAUGCACAAUGAGAUAUUUAUAAAAUUCAUCAAUUUCAUUAGUGAUAAUGAAUUUUACAGUGUACAAAUAUUUGUAGUGCAUCCAUCUGGUACCACUCAGUGUGCACCUCCAUAUCCUUUACAUAUUCUACAUAACUAUAGUAUAGUUGAUUUUUUUUUUUUAAAUUUGACUUUUGCAAGGAAGUGGAGGUUUUUCUAAUGUAUCCAUGACAAAUAGCUGUAAAACAUGUUUUUUUUUAGUAUGUCAAAUAUUUUGCAAGUGUUCACAAGAUGUUUAUAUCAGGCCAUGUUUUUGUUUAGUAUGUCAAAUAUUUUGAAAGUGUUCACAAGAUGUUUAUAUCAGGCCAUGUUUUUGUUUAGUAUGUCAAAUAUUUUGUAAGUGUUCACAAGAUGUUUAUAUCAGGCCAUGUUUUUGUUUAGUAUGUCAAAUAUUUUGCAAGUGUUCACAAGAUGUUUAUAUCAGGCCAUGUUUUUGUUUAGUAUGUCAAAUAUUUUGCAAGUGUUCACAAGAUGUUUAUAUCAGGCCAUGUUUUUUUUUAGUAUGUCAAAUAUUUUGAAAGUGUUCACAAGAUGUUUAUAUCAGGCCAUGUUUUUUUUUAGUAUGUCAAAUAUUUUGCAAGUGUUCACAAGAUGUUUAUAUCAGGCCAUGUUUUUUUUAGUAUGUCAAAUAUUUUGCAAGUGUUCACAAGAUGUUUAUAUCAGGCCAUGUUUUUUUUUAGUAUGUCAAAUAUUUUGCAAGUGUUCCAAAGAUGUUUAUAUCAGGCCAUGUUUUUGUUUAGUAUGUCAAAUAUUUUGCAAGUGUUCACAAGAUGUUUAUAUCAGGCUAUGUUUUUGUUUAGUAUGUCAAAUAUUUUGCAAGUGUUCCAAAGAUGUUUAUAUCAGGCCAUGUUUUUGUUUAGUAUGUCAAAUAUUUUGCAAGUGUUCCAAAGAUGUUUAUAUCAGGCUAUGUUUUUGUUUCUUUGAAGGGAGGGAAGUGGCUAAUUUAAAGAGAAACUCCAAUGGUUUUUCAAAUUUGAGUUAUUGACAUAUUUAAAUUCUGCGUAAAAAGUUGUAAUAGUAAACAUUUUACCAUUUUUUAUUUAAAUGCUUAGAAACAUUUAUAUUUAAUAAUUAGUCAGUAAAUUCUUGACAUCUAAAAAAAAAAAAGGAUUCUUAGAGAUUUUGUUUUAAGCUAUUUCAUACGUCACUUCCCUCAACAAUUCUGAAAGAGAAACUAGAUUUGACCAAUCGUAUCGCUUCAUUCUUACAUUAGCUGUUUGGCUUAGUGACGGCCUAGUCCAGAGCUAUGAUACAGUUAUAUAUAUAUAUAUAUAUAUACACAUGUAUAGAUAGAUCUAAAAGCAUUAGGAUAAUCAACUCGAGAAAAAAAAUUACAUUUUUCAUCUAAGCCUUUCUCUGUCCCAAGAAGUAAAUAGAUCGUGUGUCUGACUGAUUCAAACAAACAGACGUUACUUAAGAUAAGAUAAGAUAACUCGAGACUACGUGACCGUACACGUAGUCUCGAGUUAUCUUAUCUUAAGUAACGUCUGUAUUAUAUAAGAUAAGAUAACUCGAGACUACGUGUAGUCGGUCAUGACAAGAGAACCAAACGAUAGUGUUUGUUGUGUGUUGAGUGGUCUGGCGAGACAAUACAGACUGCCGUGGUUAGUCAAGCAUGUAAAUCUACUUUUAAUACGCAUUUUUUCUUUGCUUACAAGAUCUAUAUCUAACUGCAUAGACGAAGAUAUAUUUCUUUUACAAGAAUGUAAACUUUGCUGUAUGGUCUCCUGUUAUACAAUAAGUCAAUAGAUUAAAACACCUAUGUGACGUCACAUAGAAACCCGGUGAAAGUCUGUUUUGGAUGCGCAGGAAAAUUACGUCGGAAAAACAUCAAAUGCUAAGUUAUUAUUGCAAAGAAAAAAAAAAGAAUCAUAUAUUCAUUAUCUGUAAAUCAAAACAAAUAUUAUAUCAAAAAUUGUCAAAACCAUCGGAGUUUCCCUUUAAAAACAAACAUUACAUCAAGUCAUUAUUCAAUGUUACAUGAAUCAAAGUGAUACAUGAAUCAAUGAUGCAUGAAUCAAAGUACUGAUUUUAUUUCUUUGCAUGACAAUCAACUUAUGUCCUUUUUUUUUAACUGAAGGGUAAUCAGACCUGUUGUGUUCAUUAUAGAUGCUUUAUAAACAAAUCUAACAGCUUGUAUAUAUGUGUGCUAAAACUGAAAAAGACUUAAGACUAUCCUUUAGAAAGAAAGUUACCCUGUCAGGAUCACAAUAGUUCAUGCAGGAACUGUAGAAAGUCUGCCAUAAUCUGUUUAGUCAUCACUUGGGAUUUGGAUUCUUUAGCAGAACAGUAUUUUGUUUUUUUUGUUUUUGCUUUUUUCUUUUGAUCUCAGGAUUCUACUAUAUUUCUUAGUCUGCUCAACUCAAAUGGCUUCCUGGCAUGUUACGGUGGGGAAGAAGGUUGUUAGUUUUGAUAGCUGCACUUGUAGAUUUGUGGUUUCACAUUGCAAGAACUCCCUAGAGAUGAAUUACAGAUAUAACUAGGAGCAAUCACUCUAUUUUAAAAUUAUUUCUUGGUUAGUGCCCUUGGCAACUCAGGGAUUUCAUUUCAGAUUAAUAUAUUUAGCUCUCCACAAGGAUCCGAACUGAGACUUGUUUGAUCAGAAGUACACUGUGCCAUCUCCAUGUAAAUUUUUUUUUUAAUUUGACAAUAUUUUUUUUACAAAGUUCUGUGAGUCAUAUCUGUACUGAAGAGAAAUUAAAUAUUUAAACUACAUUUAAAAAAUAA